GUCGUCUUCAUGCGCUAUCCUCCACUGAUCGGUGUUGCUGUGCGGAGUGUGUGGAUGAGUGAAACGCAUCUUUCUACCCUCAGCAUUUCUAAAACAAGCUGGACAUAAUCUGUGAUAAAGCGGACGAUUCUUCAAUUCCUGGUGUUUUUUCCCCGUUGAGUAUGGAUAUUGAUAUUCUCCGUUUUGAGAUUCAACACUAAUAUUUAUCUACUUUCACACGGGAUUUGCGAGGCCCGUGCACAUCUGAACGUGGAGUACAGUUUGGUUGUAUGCUACUAUCACUGAUCAGGAAUCCAGCUGGGUGCAGGUUUGAAAUAUAUUUUCGGUUAUUAUAGUGUUCUUCAAUUAUUCAUUUUUGCAUAAGGGGAAUUUAAAUCUCCGUAUUUAAUCAUGGCAUGGCCCUGCAUCACCAGGGCUUGCUGCAUUAACCGCUUUUGGAGUGACUUCGACAAAGCUGACAUUGCAGUACCUUUGGUUUUUACGAAGUACUCCGAUGUAACUGAAGUGCAGCGCCUCCAUUUUCAGCCACAACCAAAACAACCGCAUCCCCAGGCACGGCCCAGCGCGGUCGCCAUAGAAACGCAGCCUUCUCACAGAGAACAUGAUGCUCGGGCUCCGCCCGCGACCGGUGGUGCUGCUGCCUCCGCCGCUGGAGAUGCGAGCGCAUCUGUGACGCGCCAGGAUUUCAAGGCUUGGAAAGUGCGACCAGAACCCAGUUUCAAACCCAAAAACGAGUAUCACCGUUCCGAGACCCCUUUUAACAACGAAACGCAGUAUCAGAAAGAUUUCAAGCCGUGGCCCAUCCCAAGAAGGGGAGACCACCCGUGGAUUCCCAAACCUAGUCCCGGUCCGAGUAAACGCCCCCCGAGGCCCAAGUCUGCCCCCGCGCAGACAGAGGACGAAAGCGGUGUGGAGAAGAGCGUAAUCGCUGACAAGGUGCAAGAGAAAGACAUUAUAGAGAAGAAGAAACUUGUGAAGAAAGACAAGGUACCUGAGAGGAGGGUGAGCAUUAAAAUAGAGCGACCGCAGCCUGGAGGGGUCGCUGUAGAGGGCAAAGGACGAGCUGCUGCAGACGCGCUCAACCAGAAGAUCAAGAAAGAGGUUGCUGCCGGGAGCUCAUACAGGAAUGAGUUCAAAGCGUACAAGGACGUGAAGCCGGUGAAGCCCAUCAAGGCCAAGUCUCAGUACAAGCCACUGAUCGAGGAGAAGUCCAGCCUGGAGACCAGCUACAGCGCCACCUUCAGGGGGGAGCAGGUCAAGCAGCAGCCUGCGGACAACAAGGCCCUGGAGCGUCGGAGGAUACGCAGCUUGUACAGCGAGCCUGGGAAAGAGCCCAGCAAGGUUGAGAAGCCAAGCACUCCGCGCUCGAAACCAAAAAAGACGACUACGACAACUGGCCAUGGCAAACCAGCGAAAAAGGCCAAAGAUAAACCAGCCUCCUCUGUCCGAGGCUCCAAGAAGAAGACCCCUGAGAGCCCUGUCGAAGCCAGGCCGGAAGCGGGCAACAAGGAGAAAAGCAAAGAGAUCAACAACAAACUUGCAGAGGCUAAAGAGUAAAGUCUAGCUCCCUGUGGGGAGGGAGGUGGGGGUGUUGCUUUGUUUUGGAGGGGGGGUGGGUGGAAAAAAGAUCCAAAAUAAAUGAGAGGGCUCUCAUCCCCUUGUCGAGUGUCUGUCGCAAUCAGUCUCUCUUUCGUCUUCCCCGCAUCUACUAUCCGCUUUGUGGUUCUGUGAACGGCGAGUGUCUGUUGCCCUCCCGCCUCUCCGCAUUGCAUCACCCCCCCACCCCCACCCCCACCCCCACGGUGCGCGGUCAUCUGUCCCCCCGCCCUCCGUUCAUCGAUCGCUAUCUCCGCUCCACGUUUCCAUGGUGACCCGCCCACUCCGGCAGGCGGCAGACCCGUCUGUUAGGACGCUAGUUUUGCAUGGAGCGCUGGGCAUUCAGACCGCGGUACAGACACGCACGCAGAUCGCGGUAUAGACACGCACGCAGACCGCUACAUGCAAAACUAGCGUCCUCACAGAAGGGUCUUCAGCCAGCCAGCCAGAUCGGAUCCUCCCGCUGAAUUUAUUGAGGCUUUGUGAUGGUAAAACGCUGCUGAAGGUGUUUUGAGACUGCCGUUCAUUUCACAAUGUUCGCUCACCGCAAAUCUGGGUCCUGCUCGGGACGAGAUUUCCAAUAUAUACAGUGUGCUAUGUAUGAGUGUUCUGAUUGUUUCAUUUGGUUUCCUCCGCUAAUAUUUCAAUUUGCAAAAUGUAUUUAUUUAUUUAUCUAUUUAUUUAAUUUAUACAGAUUAUUCCCAUUACAGUAAGACCUCUGUUGUAUUACAUUUGAGAUAUUUUGCAUAAUUAUAUAACAAUUACAUAAAAAUUAAAACCCCACCUUUCUCACUGAGUUCUUCAGGCUGCACUGUAGCUGCCUCCAUUCCGUUUCUGGGCCUUGAUUGAUUGAGUUGUUGUAACACUCACUCAAUUACUGUUGGACAUAAUUGAGGAUAUCUGGUUUCCUCAGUUUGGUUGCUAAGAGACCACACAGAGUUACUGUAAUACAGUUACCGCGUAUUAACGGCUGUCCUUUGGGAAUAGCACUAGAGCUCCGUGUUCUCCUUGCAGCACGAAACGUGAAGGAAAAGAUAGUGUUAAUACAUUACAAAAAUGCUGUAAAUCAUACUUUCUUUUCAAAUAGUUUAAAAGUAUAUAGCAAUAUUAACAUAUAUCAAUGCUUUAUAAUUAUAAAAAAAGAUUAACAUUUGAAUACAAGACUGAUUGAUUGACAGACCAAAGAUCACUUUUAGCCAUGUUAUGCAAUUGGUGGAAGCAGCUGAAUGAUUGUGAAAAAGGGUCCAGGGAGAAGGCCAGGACUGAUGGCAGCCGUCUGUCACCAUUUGACGGCUAUUCCCUGCAGUCCGUGUGCAUGUAGAUGGAGAGUCGUUUAUUCUACAUCUGAGAUUAAAAUUUUGUCCAUUUGAAAGGGAAAUUGCUGUCAAAAUGAUGUCACUAGAAUUUGCUUUAUGCGCAGGGAUAGGGAAAUCUGGAACGCGCAAUGGUUUUAGUGAUCCAGUACUUUUACAGCGCUGCUGUCGUUUACGCCCGUUACCCCUCCUUUUCAUGUAAAUCAGUCUUUCCCUUCCUCUUUCCCCCUUAUCUCUCACUCUCUCUUUCGAUCUUUAUAUCGCCUCUUUCAUCUGCCAGAGCCGCCAGUGGACUUUCCUGGAAAUUGCAUGUACGGUGAUGGAGUGAGGUUUUGAAAAGCGUGUCACUUGUAGUUGUCAAAGCAACAAACGAUAACAAAACCAAAUGGAAAAAAACGCAGUCCUAAAUUUACCCGGAAUUAGCAUAUAGUUGCUAUUGAAUUCAAGUUCACCGCUGUAGAGCUCACUUGUCACUUAGAUAUUACAUAUGCCAAGAUUAUAUUAUCUUUCUCGAUACUCUGUAAAUGAUGUGUGUAACUGUUUCAGACGUGGUUAGCCUGCCUCUGUACUGCCGUGACAGGAUAGGAGUGUGUCGUAUAAGACUUUCCUUGCUUUCAGUGACACCCCACCUGAUAUGCUACCCAUCCCCAUGUCCUCUCAUCUGUCUUAUGUACAUCUUCUCCGUCUCGAGUCUGUGUCUCCGGGUGGGGCCAGCCAACUGGGAGUAAGUGUUACCCUCAACGAUGAGAGUCACCUCGCUGUUUUGUAGCGUUCGCUUGCCGUCAUUAUCACAAGUUUGGACACACCGUGUGCUGAGCACGUUACACUUUGUUGGUGCUAUUUCCACUCAUGCUGUAGGUAUGAAGAAAGCAAACGAAGAAAAAUAGGAACGGUAAAAUGUGGGGUGGGGGGGAGCCUUAGAAGGUCAUGUAUUAAUGAUAUGGUUUGAUUGUGACGUGCUUGUGUUCUCUGCUUGCUCUUAUGGAAAUUAUUAAUAAAUGCAAAAAGGAGACCAAGAAA